ACCGGCGGACGCCCUGCUGCCGGAGUGCUUCGCCAUCGUCAACGAAGCCAUCGACCGACGCCUGGGAGCCUGGGCGACCGACGAACAACUGCUGGCAGGCAGGCACCUGUUCCGGGGCAGGGUGGUGCAGAUGGACGCGGGCGAGGGCAAGACCGUGCCAUCGCCUUCGCCGCCGCACUUCACGCCGUGCUGGGCCGACGUGUCCAUGUGAUCACGGCCAACGACUACCUGGCCGACCGGGACGCCGCGCUGCUGGGGCCGGUCUACCGUUCGCUGGGGCUCGACUGCGGCGCCGUGCUGGGCCACAUGGAGAGGAGGGAACGCCGCCACAUCUACAGGCGCGGCAUCAUAUACGGAGCGAUGCGGGAGCUGGGGUUCGAUCAUCUGAGGGACCACCUGGGGACAGCGCCGGAGGAACGUGUGCAGCAACCCCUCGACGUUGCCAUCGUUGACGAGGCCGACCACGCCCUGAUCGACGAGGCAUACACGCCGCUGAUCAUCUCCGGCAAUCCCUUGGGCGGCACACGCUGGGCGGUGCGGGUGAACGGCGCCGUGGCAGACAUGAUUGCCGAGCAGCGAGUCCUUGCAGAGGGACUGGCCCAGGAUCUCGAUGCCAAUGACGACCGCUCCCCGGAACGCCUGCGCCUGCUGGCCAAACUGAUACUGGCGAAUCCGGACAACAAGACACUUCGACAGCACGUCUCCCAGGCGUUGCACGCCCACUUGCUGCAGCAACGCGACGUGGACUAUCUCGUUGAUGACGACAGCGUGGUUCUCAUCGACCAGCACACGGGGCGGCCCAAACCGGACAGCAUCUACCAGCACGGGCUGCAGCAGGCGGUGGAGGCGCGGGAAGGGGUGACCGUGCAGCCUGAAAACGAGACACUGGCGCAGAUAUCGGUCUCGGGUUUGGUCAGCCGCUACGGCCAGGUCGCGGGCAUCACCGGCACCGCCGAACCAGCCGCCGGAGAGUUCCGACGCAAGUACGGCCUGGUAGUCGCCGUGGUGCCUCCGGCGCAUCCGCUCCUGCGGACCAGCAUCCCGCCAGCGGUGUACCUGUCGCGGGAGGACAAGCUGGCAGCGGUGGUGGACGAGGUGGAGGCCCGGCACCGGACGGGGCAGCCGGUGCUGGUGGGCACGCGCACGGUAGAGCAGUCAGAGGAGCUGGCCGGCCUGCUGAGCGAACGGCGAAUUCCCCAUCGGGUGCUGAACGCGGUCACCACCCACACCGAAGCCGCGAUCGUGCGCGACGCCGGGGCAUUCGGCGCGGUUACUGUGGCCACUCACAUGGCAGGGCGCGGGACGGACAUCCUGCUGGAACCCAAUCUCGAUGACCGGAUGGGCCUGUGCGUAAUGGGCACCGAGGUGCAUGACUCCAGCCGGAUCACGUUGCAGCUGAAUGGCCGCAGCGGGAGGCAGGGGCAAUUCGGGAUGACCCAGACCUUCCUGUCGCUGGAGGACCGGCUGGUCAACCUAGACGCCGAGGCAAUCCUGAAGCUCGCCAAUUGCCGCCGGAUGGAUGCGGCAGGGCUAACUUGCUAUACGGGACCGGACGUAUCCCGGCGCAUACAGCAGUUGCAGGACGCCGCGGACCGGGAGGGUGAGUCCCAGCGUGCGCUGAUACAAGACUACGCCGCCGAGCUGGACCACCAGACCCACCUCUACCACCAGCGCCGCCAGGAGCUGAUCGGCCUGGCCUCGGAUACGGAACGGGUCAGGCCCAUGUGCGAGCAGGUAGUCGCGAAGGUGGCCUCUCGCUUGGCCGCCAAGCACCUGGGUCCUGACGUGGACAAUGACUACGCCGUCCGGUUUGGCCGGAUGCAGGCAGAGUUGCGGCGGGAUUUCGGCGUCGAGUGCUCGCACCUGUACGGGAUGGAUCUGGGCUUGCUGCCGGAGUCACUGGCGGAGCUGCUCACCGCUCAACUCGAUCGCCUGGCCAGCAGAUGCGGCGGGAGCGCCUUCCCGGAGCUGGCGCGCCUGCUCUACCUGCAGGUGUGCGGCGAGCUCUGGCCCGGACACCUGACCACCCUGCGCGACCUGUUGGCCGUACAACUGCUCAGCGGAAGCAACCACAAGUCCUCGGUCGCCGCAUAUAUCCUGCGCUGCACCGGGGCGUGGAACGCAUUCUGGGAUAUGGUGGACGAGGAGUUCCUUUCGCGAUUGGCCACUCUCCAGACGGGUGCUUCCGGUACACAAGCCGCGCAGCCGGUCAAGGUCAGCGGCGCAACCGAACGGCUGCUGGCCAUGGAUGCACCUCUGCCCGUCGACGAGGGUCAUGGGAGCAUUACACUGAUAUAA